AUGGUCUCUACCACUGCCGACAUCUCGCCGUUCGACCCGACCAGUGUCGCCCUGACGACGGUCGAUCCUCGCGACGUGAUAUGCUUUUUUAGCGACGGUGGUAACAACUAUGACCGGAGGCUCGGCGCGCGCAUCUCGGCCAUCUUUGUCAUUCUCGUCACCUCUACAUUGGCAACAUUGUUCCGGUGCUGGCUACGCGCACUCAUCGCAUCCUUAUACCGCUCUGUGUCCAUUUAUUCGCACGUUGCUUUGGCGCCGGCGUCAUUGUGGCAACCGCAUAUGUCCAUUUGCUCGAUCGGGCAUACGAUGAGAUUGGCCUGGAAUCUCGUUUUCCUGGUCGACUUCCUGGCCGAUCGAUAUGUCGAGUCUCGCCGCAGUGAGCUGUUACAUGGCGCUACGGCCCGCCAUGCAUCUGUAGAGGAAGCUGUGACCAUGGCUGUUGAAUACACCUUCCGAGAACAAAUUGCGGCAUUCCUGGUCUUGGUAUUCAGUAUCAUCUUCCACUCUGUCAUUAUCGGUCUUAACUUUGGUGUUGUUGGCGCAGAUGGCAUCAUUAUCCGCCAUUCUAUUCCCCAAACGCCUCAGUUGGUUGCUCUGGACACUCUGUCUCAUGUAUGGGCUCAUAACUUCUAUCUCAAUAUCAUCGGCCUGGGCUUAUCGACGUCGUAUGACAGCGGGUCUUUCACCGCCAACGUGGUCUCCGGCGUUCUCGAUGCCAUUUCAGCAGGAAUGAUCAUUUACACCAGAUUUGUUGAACUGCUCGCACGCGACUUUCUCAUUAAGCCGAACCGCACCAGGGACUACAUGCGCAUACCUUUCAUGCUCGACAGUCUCUUCUUGUUGUAG